AUGGAGAUGUCAUUCGACGACAGGGAGCUCCAUCAAAUCGAGGAGGAGCUUCAUACCGAGAUCCUUCCGGGAACGGAGAUCAUGACAGAUGUGGGAAGCCAUCACUUUGUCAAGAGCAGCGGAAAGUCCCACAGAGUCCUGGUUCCUCAGCCUUCCGAUCAUCCAAACGAUCCCUUAAACUGGGCGACUGGUUGGAAGAUUGCCGCCAUUAUUGCCUCGAGUACGGCGACCUUCGUUCAAGGCUUCGGGCCCUUGUCUCUCGCGCCUAUGUUUGGCGACUAUAUUGAAGCUUUCAACUGCUCUCUAGCGGAUGCAGUACAGUUCACCGGCGUGGCAAUUCUUGUUCUUGGCUUCAGUAACUUCAUCUGGGUGCCGUUGAGCACUUCAUUCGGUCGUCGACCCGUGUAUAUCGUGUCGAACUUGAUCUGUCUUGGUUCCUCGAUCUGGCGUGCCCGCGCUCAGACCUACGGCAGCUUUAUGGGCGCCUGUGUUCUGAAUGGAAUCGGUGCAGGACCUGCAGAAACUAUUCAGCCAGCCGUCAUUGCGGACAUUUUCUUUCUUCAUGACCGUGGAAAGUGGAAUACACUGUACUGGGUGGUGUACAUGGGCUCAUUGAUGAUCGCACCGAUCAUUUCCGGAGCCAUGGCAGAAAACGUCGGCUGGCGAGCCUUCUGGUGGUUCAAUACUGGUUUGAUCGGCCUCUCUACCCUAAUGAUCGUCUUCAUGUUCCCCGAGAGCAAAUGGCACAGACAACAUCCCAAUGAAAUUCACCACGAGGUCACGACCGGGGAAAAGCAGCCUAAUGGGGACACCAAGGAAAACAUCAAGUCUGAAGAAGAAAACGCAGACUCCGUGGCCGUUGCUCCAAUUCCCUUGACCGCCGUUGAGACUGCGGAACGCGACCCAUUCCUUGGAAAAGGCAAGCCCAGCAAGGCACAAUGGGGCUUUUACUCACCCAACCCACAUCCGAUCAAGAGCAUUUUGCUUGAUUUGUGGAUUCCUUGGAGAUUAUUCCCCUUCCCCAUUGUCCAAUUUGCGAGUUUCGUUGUCAGCUGGAGCUGCUCGUCAUUCUUGACGCUCAACUUGACACAGACACAGGCUUUUGCCGCGCCGCCCUACAACUGGAGCACUCAGACUAUUGGAUUCACGAACUUCGCCAUCUUCGCCGGAGCCAUGAUUGGUCUCGUCACAGCCGGACCGUUCUCGGACUGGGUUGCUGCGAAACUGACGGCAAGGAACGGCGGCAUCCGUGAGCCCGAAAUGCGUCUCGUCGCAAUGAUCCCGUACGUGAUCAUCAUGUAUCUGGGCAACAUCAUCGUCAGUGUCGGCUAUGAGAACCAAUGGCCUUGGGAGGCUAUCGUGAUCAUCGGCUACACGUGCGCCGGUCUCCAAGUAGCAGCACUUCCGGGUAUAGCAUCGACAUAUGCAGUUGACAGCUACAAGCCUGUUGCUGGCAGUCUGUUCGUUUCCAUCACCGUCAACAAGAAUCUUUGGGGCUAUGGCUUCAGCAAGUUCAUCACUAACUGGAUCAUUGACGACGGAUAUAUUCCUCCCAUCAUGACCAACGCUUCGUUGAUUCUGUUGUGGUGCCUAUUCGGAAUCUUGUUCUACUACAAGGGAAAGACAUUCAGACGCUGGACGAAAAACAGCCGAAUGCACAGAAUGUAA